GCUUUCCGUACCACACGUCAGCCCGUUGGAUUUUGCAGAAGUGGGUCAUCUUGCUCCGCUCUAUGUUCUUUGAUCUCGACUGUCCUGCAAAUUAUCUCCAGCCAGAGGGAGUGGGCCGGGCCGGGCCGGGAGGAGGAGGAGGAGGGGCCGGGCCUGGGCCUGACCAAACAACAUGGAGCGGAGCGGCCGCGGCGAGAUGAGCGUCUCCACCGCCCGGCGGCAGCUCAACGAUGGCUCCUGGAUGCCGCUCCUGGGCUUCGGAACUUGGAAGAGUGAGCCGGAAAUGGUGGGCGAUGCGGUUUCAGCCGCGAUUGAUGCUGGCUACCGGCACAUCGAUGGAGCUUACAGCUACAUGAAUGAGGCGGAGGUGGGAGCUGCUGUGAAGAAGAAGAUCAGUGAAGGGGUGGUUACCCGAGAAGACCUUUUCAUUGUCAGUAAACUGUGGUGCACAUUCCACGCCCCAGAGGAUGUGAAACCAAGUGUGAUGGAAACACUCCACAACUUACAGCUAACUUACCUAAAUCUGUAUCUUAUCCACUUCCCUGUGGGAUUCCAGGUCCCUGGUGAGCUGUUGCCAAGACACGAGGGCAAAGUCCUGGUGAGCGAGAUUGACUAUGUGGACACCUGGAAAGCGAUGGAAGCCUUGGUGGAUGAGGGGUUCGUGAAGUCUAUCGGCGUUUCAAACUUUAACAUUUCUCAGCUGCAGAGACUCCUAUCAAAAGCCCGGAUAUUUCCUGCUGUCAAUCAGGUGGAACUUCACCCAUACCUGACUCAGACCGAGCUGGUGGAAUUCUGCAUGUCAAGAAACAUUGCGUUGACUGCAUUUAGCCCGCUUGGAUCUCCCGGCCGCAGUCUGGUCUUCUUGAAUGAGUCUGCCGAUCCAAAGGAUCUUCUCAAAGACCCAGUGGUGAAGAUGAUUGCAGAGAAGCACAGCAAGAGCCCAGCCCAGAUAUUGCUGCGUUUUCAUAUUCAGCGAAACAUAGCAACAAUUCCAAAGAGUAUUUCACCUGAAAGGAUAUGCAAGAAUACCGAGGUUUUUGACUUUGAGCUGACAGAAGGUGAUCUUCAUUUGUUGCUGGGAUUAAACAGGAACUGGAGGGUGUGCCAGAUGAAAAUUGUGCAGGACCACCGGUUUUAUCCCUUUACGGAUUCGUAAUUGACCCAAUGAAACGAUGACUAACUGCAACUGUUGACCCUCGGCACUUUAUCUUCUGGUUCAGGGAAACUUCUGUUUGAAACUAAUCAUGAUUUUGGAGAAUAAAUGUCUCCUUGUUUGAUCAA